AUGCCCGCUGCUGAGAUUAUAUGCCUACCUGAGCUGGGAAAGACACUGGGAGUGAACAAGCAGCCACAGACAGUGGAGUUUGUCAUACAGCAGGACACGACGGUGAAGAUGCUGAGAGAAAAGUUGAAGGAAUAUGGCCUACAGACAACAGGAAAGAAAGCUGACCUGAUCGAGCGCCUGCGCGAGUAUGCUGCCGAUGACACAAGCUGGAGACUGUUGUUCCAACCUGCAAGGAAGGGCGCAAGAGGAAGUUACACAGGCAGACGAACUGCAAAACUGUCCACGCAGCGCAUCACAUCCCAGUUUGGGGAGCAUGAGCUGACCUUGGUGCAGCACAGAAGCAAACAGGGCAUCGGCCGUGUGGUGCAGAGUCUCACACCUGCUGACGUUGACAAUAACGAUGCUUGGGCAGCUGAUGCCCUACAAGUGGUUGGCACACAGAGGCCUGCAGCACAAUCAGCAAAUAUGCUCCUGUCAGCUACAGAGCAGCCCACCUUGUUCGCACCUCAGUUCUCGGCUCACACCAAUCUGCUACCUGCAGGCACCACAUAUCCUGCCCACAAACUGACCACUGAGACAAAGCCUGAGCCUGCACUUCAGGCGCUUGGAACACACCGUCUGGAGGACACCCUCAUCGAACGAGUGAACAACCUUGAGAUGGGGAUCAGCAACCAAAUUGCUCACAAGAUUGCUCCCCUCCUCCGCACAAGUUUCGAUGCUUUUGGCACCGGCAUUACUCAGCAACCACUUCGGCCAGCACACCCUCACCCUCACACCACAUCAAUGCAGUUGUCUUCAGCACCAGCACAGCCAUUCACAACACCUACACCUGCCGCUCAGAUGGCCAUUCCAACGCAAUCCAUCCCACCCUCCAAUCUCUCUAUUCUCCAGUUGGAAGGGAGAGAGCUGGCGUUCAACAAGACCAUGGUCAUGCCACCACCGGCCGUGCGGUUUUCGACAGACAUCAGCGCCCUGUUCAGAGAGUGGCAUCAGUCAAUGUACCUGGUGGUGAACAGGAAUGGAAUCCCCAUCAAGUUUUGGGGAGACGUGUACAAAAAGUGCACUGGACAGAACAGCAAGGCAUGGGCACUGCGGAAAGUGCAGUGGGGGCAAUGGAAGUUCAUCAUGGAGGAGUGUUUGCGUUUUGCAUCAGACGAUGCAUUCUGGACGGCCUGGACUGACGCCAAUGGUCAGCACAUCAGAUACACGAAGCUCUGUGACACUCUGCAGCGUCAGCGGAUGGCUCGUGACACGUGA